AUGGCGUCAAAUACCACCCAUACCACGGAAACUGUCGCAACCGACCGCAAUCGCUCGCAAUCCAAUUCUAACACGCCCAAACGAAGACGUAUGUCAUGGCGUACCCAGGUACCCAUUACUGACCAGUUCUCGCCGGCUACUUCCACAGACCCGCACACCGCCCUGAUGCAUGGCCACGACCAUGAGGGUCUCUCUGAGCGGACGAGACACCUGCACGGAGACAGCAUAGACGACACAGAAGAGGCCGCAGCUAGCAAAUCCAAAAGAAUCGAAAAGAUGAUCACACCCUACCUCGCACAGCACAUCCCGCACCAGUACAACCCUCUUGGUGGCAACAGCGACAACCAAGAUGUGCCCCCCGUUAACGCCAAUACAAAGUUCUGCUACCGCCAUCGCCCAGAUCUGCUGUGUCGACGACAGGCAGACGAGCCCUCUAUGGAGCAGCUGCAGGAGGAACUCGGUAGAGAGUCACAAGCAGACCAGCAGAGCAUCACCAACGUGUGGUCGCUCUUCUCGGCCGCCCCUUCCCGCCACCGCAAUCUCAUGCUACAAGGCAUCCUCGCCCAGUGCUGCUUCCCUCAGCUCUCCUUCAUCUCCUCAUCGGUCCGUAACCUCAUCAAGAUCGACUUCCUCGGCGCCCUACCUACCGAGCUGGGCUUCAAGAUCCUGUGCUACCUCGACACAACUUCGCUAUGCCAGGCAGCCCAAGUAAGCCGGAGAUGGAGACAGCUUGCCGACGACGAUGUUGUCUGGCACAAGAUGUGUGAGCAACACAUUGACAGAAAGUGCACAAAGUGCGGCUGGGGACUGCCACUGUUGGACCAGCGGCGCUUACGACACGAAAAGAGGAGGAUUCAGCUGCGCGCGUCCGGGCGUGGCCUGAAUGAAUGGUCACCGAACAUCACACCUCUUCUAGAGACGUCAGAACCUUCUACAGCCCUCGCCCAACCAACGGCUGACGUGUCUGACUCAACAACUGCCACCAAGCGGUCUGCACCGGAGGAUCCAUCUUCGCCAGAGGCAUCGAGCAAGCGGGCAUGCACAAGCAUGGAACUGGGUCGAGACCUCGCGUCCUACUUCGACCAACCUAAGAAACGACCUUGGAAGGAUGUCUACAAGGACCGCUUCAAGGUGGGAACCAAUUGGAAAUACGGCCGAUACACGACAAGGAUCCUCAAAGGUCAUACCAAUGGCGUCAUGUGCCUUCAGUUCGACGACCGCAUUCUAAUCACUGGCUCUUACGACGCCACCAUCAAGGUGUGGGACAUUACGACGGGUAAAGAGAUCCGAACACUUACCGGCCACACCCAGGGUGUUCGGUGUCUGCAGUUCGAUGACAGCAAACUGAUUUCCGGAAGCUUGGACAACACCAUGAAGGUCUGGAACUGGAGGACCGGUGAACUGAUCAGAACACUGACCGGUCACUCCCAUGGGGUCAUUGGCCUCCACAUGGCGGACAAGCUUCUUGCCUCAGGGUCAUCCGACAACACCAUUAUAGUGCACGACUUCAACAACUAUCAACGCACACAAUUGAUGGGCCAUUCAGACUGGGUCAACGCCGUCAAGAUCGACCUCCCCUCGCGCACUCUCUUCUCAGCAUCCGACGACAUGACUGUCAAACUCUGGGACCUCGACACCCACCGCUGCAUCAAAACUUACGAAGGCCACGUCGGUCAAGUCCAACAAGUGCUUCCCCUCCCUCACGAGUUUGAGCUCGACGAAGACGACUUUCUUGCAAAUGCUCACAACGAUACGUCGGACACCGCGUCCCUCGACUCGGAUACCACGCAAUCCUUCCCCCAGCCAGUUGAUUCCUCGUCACAAGUAACCGAAGAAUCAUCCUUCUUCCCUGCCGACCCCACACGGCCCUCCCCACCCUCUUACAUGCUUACUGGCUCUCUCGACGGCACGAUUCGCCUUUGGCACGUGCCCUCGGGUCGGUGCGUCCACCGCUUCUUCGGGCACGUCGAGGGCAUAUGGUCCUUGGCUGCGGAUAGCUUACGCCUCGUAUCGGGGGCGGAGGACAAAACGAUCAAAAUUUGGGACCCAAGAACGGGGAAACAUGAGCGCACCUUGACAGGGCAUACGGGGCCCGUUACCUGUGUAGGGCUCAGCGAUGAGAGGGUAGUUAGUGGGAGUGAGGAUGGGAGCGUGAGGGUGCACUGUUUUACUGGCGAGUUGUGA